AUCCGGUGUGGCAGCGGCUUCAUGGAAAACAGAAGACACCAGAAGCCGCUCAUUCAUUCAUCCCAGCUGAGUUCAUCUAUCUAUUCCUCUGCAGACCAGCUGCUGCAGGAGCAUUUCUAUUGUUAUUUACACCUUUUGGUUUGUAAAAGUAGGAUUCCUAAAAUAUGAAAGAGUUUGGUGCGAUGUCUGAGUGAGCCAACAGUGAAGAAGACGAUCCAUUGGUGGUGCAGCAGUAUUUUGGUGUAAUAACAAGGACCAUGUGGGGAGCCUGGCCUUUGCUGGCGGCUCUGGUGCUUCUGUCAGAGCUCUCUGUGGUUAAAGUUCAGACGGCUCCAUGCCAAACCUGCAGAAAACUAACUGAAAGCUUUAUUAAGGGAUUAGAAAGAACAGCAAACAAGAACUUUGGAGGCGGCAACACUGCAUGGGAGGAGGAGAAACUGGCAAAGUAUGCAAGAAGUGAGACUCGGCUCUUGGAAAUAGUUGAAGCUGCUUGUGAGAAAACAGAUUUUGAAUGCAACCGUCUGCUGGAGCAGAUAGAGGACCAGGUUGAGACAUGGUGGUUCCACAGGCAGCAGGAAGCACCAGACCUGUUUGAAUGGCUCUGUAUUGAGCAGCUGAGACUCUGCUGUCCACCUGGACACUUUGGACCUGACUGCAAAGAGUGCCCAUCUGGACCCGGAGGUGUGUGUGGAGGUCUGGGCCGAUGUGAAGGGGAGGGCACCCGUCUAGGAGACGGCGAGUGUGUCUGCGAUCCUGGGUACUCGGGCCCGCUGUGUCAGACCUGCGCUGAUGGUUACUACAGGGAGAAAAGCUCCAACAACAGCGCAGGGACUUGUGCAGCGUGCUACCACUCCUGUAAGAAAUGUUCAGGGCCACAGGACUACAAGUGCCUGGACUGUAAACCUGGGUGGAUUCUUCACGACAACAAAUGUGUGGAUGUGGAUGAGUGCGGCACAGAGCUGGCUCGUUGUCCUUCCAAUACCUACUGUCACAACACAGAUGGAUCAUAUGAAUGCAGAGGCUGUGAUCAGGCGUGUGUGGGCUGUAUGGGCAGCGGUCCCGCUCGCUGUAAGAAAUGUGCACGUGGUUACAGACUGAAAGGAGCCAAGUGUCUGGAUAUAGACGAAUGCAGUGAACGUGCAAUAGCAUGCCCUGGGCUAAAUGAGGCCUGUAUCAAUGAGGAGGGCUCCUUCCACUGCGACUGUGCUGAGGGAUUCAUCAGAAGAGAUAGCAUUUGUGUGGAGAAUCAGCCACCUGCUGGCCCAGAGAAAGGAUUAUUCGACGAAAUGACGGAUGACGAGGUCCUUGUGCUGCAGCAGAUGUUCUUCGGCGUCAUCAUCUGUGCCCUUGCUACACUUGCAGCAAAGGGAGACAUGGUCUUUACUGCCAUUUUUAUCGGAGGAGUAGCUGCUAUGGCUGGAUACUGGCUGACAGAGAAGGGGGACUACAUGCUGGAUGGGUUUCUGAAGGGGCGCUAGGCUGCCUGAGACUUCUGUUAUCCAGACAGGAAAGGUGAUUAGCCAAAGGCAGGACAUUAUCUUCGUAGUUAGCCUUUCAGGGAUUCAAUUGUGAUCACAUAACUUAAAGGGCUCGGGUUGAUUACUGUAUAUCCAUGAAGAGGAUUAUGCAAGAAAAGGUAAAGACUAUGAUGUCAUAGAUGAAGCAACACUGCACUGAUAUAAAACAACUGAUCUUUCUUUAUGUCAUGUUUGCCUGUGGCAGGUUUCUGCUACUCUUCAGACGGUAGUCAUGGACAUGCAGUUAGGUCGACACCCAAAUCACCCCUGCAACACAUAGUACAUGCAGUCUGAGGAGAGUUUUUUUUAUUUUUAUCAUGAGCUUUUUCACUGAAUGACAUUUUGCCUCUUUCUCCACGAAUGUUUGUCACAAUGCAUGUUAUCUAUUUGAAAUGAAAGAUUCUGCACUGUUUUCAUUUCUUUACUUUAGCAUGGAUGCAUUUGAUCUUUUAGCUGCUGGGUUAUUUAUUUUAUUUAUGUUUAAUGAGUGUGAGUGUAAGGAUAAUUUAAAUACCAACUGUAAUCUGGAUAAAGCCAACUUCUGUUGCCUUUUUAAGCCAAUAUUUAUGUUUGUGAAUGUUUAAAUUAACUGCUUGUCUGCAACAUCAAUGCAAACCAUCAGUUGUAAUUAAAAAUAUUAUUUUUAAACUAUUA